UUUGUUUCAAAAGUGAUAUCUCAUUUUACCUCGGGUACUUAUGAAGAAUAUGAACUAUUAUUUUAUCUCGGGAUUCCCCUAAUAUAAAAGUUUAGAGAUCCUGUAAAUAAAAGUAAAAUAAUUUGCAUUUCAAUAGCCAUUACGCAGUCUUCCGUAUUUUUAAGUUAUUUCGACCACAAAGAUAAGAUUUAGUAUAUAAAUACAGCUUGCGAGCUACCAACUGACAUAUUAGUCGAUAUCCAGUAGAAUCGUGAACACUCGUCAUCUAAUUGAAGAAAGAGAUCUAGAAUUGGGAAACGGUUUAAUUAAAAAAAGUUGAGAAAUCAAGAAAAUGAAAUCAAUCGUUAUAUUGCUGGCUUUUGCCACGGUCGUAGCUAGUAAAGAUAUUGUUGCAAUUUCGAAGCUAUGCCCAAACAACGCUACUAACUAUGUCACUGGAACUAUUAAACUCGUUCAAAGGGGUUAUGGGCCCGUAGUUUUAACUGGAACAAUUACUGGACUCGCUCCAGGAAAACACGGGUUCCAUGUUCAUGAGUUUGGAAAUCUUACCGAAGGUUGCGCUAGCACUGGUGAACACUACAAUCCUACAAACCAAACACAUGGAGCUCCGACGGAUUUUAUAAGACAUAAUGGUGAUCUUGGAAAUAUUAUAGCUAACGCUGAUGGUGUUGCUAACAUAUAUAUUGUUGAUAGUGUGAUUUCUCUAACUGGACCAUAUAGUAUCAUUGGACGUGCUUUUGUUGUUCAUUUGGGCGCAGAUGAUUACGGCAGAGGAGGAACUCACGAAUCAUGCACAGGCGGAAAUUCUGGACAGCGUGCUAGCUGUGGAGUUAUUGGAAUUGGAUCCCCUUAACAAAAAAGAAUUUACAAAAAUUAUUUUAUUUUAAAUUUUUGUGCAACAAAAUCCCAUUGAUAAAUAAAUCUACU